AUGUCGAAAUACCAUGUAUCAAGAUGCAUCAUACGACAAUAUUUUAUACGAAAAUGCCGUAUGAGGGAAUAUCUUAUGCUAAGAUCCCAUAUCUUACACACGAAUGCCUUAUAUCAAAAUGCUGAGAGCAAGAUAACUAAUAUCAAAUUCGAGAGUGCCUCAUACCAAGAUCCCUCAUACCAAGAUCCCUCAUACCGACAUCCCUCAUACCAAGAUCCCCCAUACCAAAAUCCCUCAUACCAAGAUCCCUCAUACCAAAAUCCCUCAUACCAAGAUCCCUCAUACCGACAUCCCUCAUACCAAGAUCCCCCAUACCAAAAUCCCUCAUACCAAGAUCCCUCAUACCAAGAUCCCUCAUACCAAAAUCCCUCAUACCAAGAUCCCUCAUACCAAGAUCCCUCAUACCAAGAUCCCUCAUACCAAGAUCCCUCAUACCAAAAUCCCUCAUACCAAGAUCCCUCAUACCCAGAUCCCUCAUACCAAGAUCCCUCAUACCCAGAUCCCUCAUACCAAGAUCCCUCAUACCAAGAUCCCUCAUACCUAGAUCCCUCAUACCAAGAUCCCUCAUACCAAGAUCCCUCAUACCAUAUCCCUCAUACCAAGAUCUCUUAUACCAAAAGGCCUCAUCAAACAAUCUCCCUCUUUGGAACUCAGUUCGUGCAUGCCACGCCCCAGACCCAACUAGCACUGGAACCCGACCACCGCCCCAUUACCUCGGCUGCCUCGGACUUCAGGCAACAAAGUCGGCCACUAAUAAGACAAUGCUCUCCCAAGUGCAAUUGGAACCGAUUGUCGGCCCAGAAACCCAUUCCUGGAUAA